AUGAAGGAUAUGCCAAAAACCAAGACUACAGUGAGGAAAGGUCGAAAGUGUCCAUUGUGUCCUUUGAGGUUUUAUACGGAUGAAGAAAUGGCCAAACACAUAACAAGUUGCAGCAAGGCAUUGAUUUACUGUGACCACUGUAACUUCAGUUCCCUGACAUCGAGAAAUAUCAAGAGACACAUGAAAAGGAAACCUGAUCUCGUUGAUGAUAGAGAACAGAUGGACGGUGGUAUUGACAGUGAAGACCUAGGCAAUGUGGAUUCAGAUGAAGAAUCUUGGUUAGGUCAGGAUCCUGGGAGCUUGGUGGAGGUACUUCCUGUAGUGGCAGAUGAACACGAGAAGGAAGAUGUUGACCAUGAACCAGGACCGUCCAUCAAACGAUCACUUAGAGAAGAGGCUGGUAAAAUAGUAGAGAUUGGCAGGGUGGUGAGGAAGCCUACUCGACCAAUGCCGAUACACACGCCCCACAGGGAAUUGGUGACAGCAACAGUGCCAGAUAAGAGCAUAUCCGAUGACCUCUUGCCGGACAUGGGUGAUAGUAAGCUGGAGAAAUACAAGGACGCUCAGUGCCAGACAGAUCCUCUGUAUUAUACUGAAAGCACAGUGAUUACCACCAGAUGGGUAGAGGGUGGCAAGACAAUGAAGAAGGUGGAGAAGAAAAAGUUAAUUUGA